UAAUAACAGUGAAUAGGAAUGGAGAUUGUGAACGAGUUUUGCGUUUUGUUGCAGUCACAUGCUAAUCGAGAUAAGGUAGUAGCCCUUACAAGCUACAUCCUAAAGCUAUGGGGAUCCACGUCGAAUCGUCAAGUAUUAUUAACUGCAAGCACUCGCCUUGCUGCUACCAGAGCUACGCUACGGCUUUUUGAUGAUGCAGCCGCUCUGAAAGCUCUUUACACAUAUGGACUUGGGAAACACGAGGGGCCAUGGUGGGGUGCUUUAGGUGUCACGAACAGCGUGAUCACACUAACCUUCCUUCAGGCUGAGAAACUUCAGUGGCUCUUGGACACGGGUGUACUAAAAGUCAAUGACGAAAUCGCCUACAAGAUCCGGACAGCGCACAAGUUGUUUUGGUCUUUGAGCGCGUUUUUAGGUUUUAUAAGGUCAAUUCGCACUGUUCAUCUAUCAGCGCAACAAUUAAAAGAAAAAACCACUAAAUGCGCACCAGCUCGCUUCACACAAGCAUCCCUUACCAGCACAAAGUAUUUCCUGGACAUCAUACACCUGGUCAACUGGCUCCCCAAGGGCUGGCUCUGGGGCAGCUCUUUAAAGACCACGCAUGCUGCAGCCAUAGCUACUACAUCGGGGUUUCUUGGUCUGGUUAUGCAUUAUCAUGGGAAACGGUUACUUUCACAGUAAUCUUAAGAUUUAAGCCAGCGUUUAAAUGGACUUAUUUAGCAAACAUUUAUUAAAUGUAAUAUAAUAAACACUAUCAUCAUAGAUAUUUUAUGAAGAAAUAAUUGAAUACGGACUAAUAUUAACAUCGCUAAGUUGUGUAAAUAAAUUAAUAAACUUUGACCUUCACUUUUUAGUUGACUCAAACAAUAUUUUCAAAUAUACUACUACUAGAAUAUACUAGAACUAGAAAAAUUAUAUAUAAAUUAGGUGUAGCGGUAAUGUCUCUCGGUCUAACAGCGAUAAAACUUCUUCAUAUAGACCUAUCAAGGAUGAAGAUAGAUCUUAUGUAAAUGUUGAUGAUUCGAAUAUACAAUUGCUCUAACUUACAGUAAAAUAAAAGAUGAAUUAAGUUCGA